ACGCAUAUCUAAAAAAAGAAUUCGAAUUGAAUUGAGUCGUUAUCAUCGAGAGCAGCAAAUGAUUUCAGGAAUCUCGAUAACGUUUAGAGCAGUUAGCGAUUCGACAAGGUGCGGUCGUUUUUUUGACAGUUAACUGCCUUCAAAAUUUACCAAGUAAUAAAACGCAACCAAAAAAAAAUUAAUCAAAAAAAAAGUGAUAAUGACGAUGUGAAAGUAAAACAAAAACGGAUUCAAAACAAUAAAAGUCAUCCAAAACAUCUUACAAGUGAUAUUUAGUUAAAAAUUUCCAAAGAAAAAUGUCGGAUAUUUCUGAUAAUAACAAAGCUAUUGCGGAAAUCGAUGACCGAUCACCGCAACAACAGCAGCAAGUCGGUUGGAUGAGUUCGCAAUGGCUUUCUUGGAACAAAUUCUCCGAAAAUUUAUUACGAACCGCCGAAAAGAAGAUUCUUUCGUAUGUAAAAACGCCAUAUCGGGGAUGGUACACGGAUAUUGGCCCCGUUGUUGGACAUUCCGAUAAAAUUUGGACAAUCUCAAUGAACACACCAAAUAAAAAUACUCCGAUUGUUCUCUUACACGGUUUAGGCGCGGGUGUUGCGUUUUGGUGCUUAAACUUGGAUUCUCUCGCAAUGGAACGUCCAGUUUACGCAAUGGACCUUUUGGGUUUUGGGCGAAGUUCUCGCCCCGCUUUCAGCAAAGAAGCAGCCGAAGCUGAAACUCAAAUGGUUGACGCGUUAGAAGCAUGGAGAAGAGAGAUGAAUUUAGACCAUUUCGUUCUUUUGGGACAUAGUUUGGGUGGGUUUUUGGCCGCUUCUUACGCGAUUUGUCACCCGGAACGGGUUGCCCAUUUAAUUUUGGCCGAUCCAUGGGGAUUUCCAGAAAAACCAGCGGAGAAACCCAACUUACCUUUAUGGGUUCGAGUUCUUUCCUACAGUUUUCAACCUUUUAAUCCGUUAUUCGCGGUAAGAGUAGCUGGUCCUUUAGGACAAUGGUUAAUUAAUAAAGCGAGGCCGGAUAUUUCGAAGAAAUUCCAACAUUUUGUUGGCGACGAAAAUUUAAUUUCGCAAUAUGUUUAUCAAUGUAAUGCGCAACCACCAACUGGAGAAAGCGCGUUUCACGCGAUGAUGGCCGGGUUUGGAUGGGCCAAACAACCGAUGAUUAAUCGCAUCGAUAAAUUAAGUCCUAAAGUUCCAAUUACGUUGCUUUAUGGGUCAAGAUCUUGGGUUGAUAACACCGCGGCUGAAAUCGUUAAAGAGAAACGACCGGAUUGUUUUGUACAAAGCUUUGUUAUCCCCGGUGCCGGACAUCAUGUUUAUGCUGAUAAAGCGGAAGUUUUUAAUAAAUACGUUUUGGAGGCGUGUCGGAUGGCUGAUGAUGGAACUUGUAUUGAUAGAAAUCGGUUGGCCAUAGAAUUUGAUAGCGGGGAAUUAAACAACGGCGAUGAAACUGCCAUGAACUUGUAAAAAAUGAAACAAUCAUGAUUGUUUAAACGAUGAGUUGCUUUAUCUUAUCAGGAUGAUUCUUCUGGUUUGUUUUAAUUUUGCGCAAUACACGUGUGAGAACUGAAUUAAAAUUAAUUCUAAUUUAUAAUUAUUGUGAUAAUAAUAAUGACAUUAAUUAAUUUUUUAAAACCCAACAAAGCAACCCAGAUAACAAAGUUGCUAUGUUGGUUAUCUACUUUUAUAUAGGAAAAAAAGAAAAAAUAAAGGGCAGUAUUAUAAAAA